AGGUUUGUUCACCACCAGUCACCCCCCUCUCUUUCGUACCGUACCGUCCCCUCCCACGCCCCAGCGCGCCGAGUCGGGAUAGUGGCAGUAUAAAGUAUAUCUUCCAUCCGAGACAGAUAAGAAGCGCCAGGCUCGAGGGGAUGAAGAUGGCGGACGCCAAGCAGAAGCGGAACGAGCAGUUAAAGCGCUGGAUAGGCUCGGAGACGGACCUCGAGCCGCCCCUCCUGAAGAAGAAGAAGACGAAGGUGAAGUUCGACGAUGGCGCCGUGUUUCUGGCCGCCUGCUCGAGCGGAGACACGGAGGAGGUGCUGCGAAUGCUCGAUCGCGGCGCCGACAUCAACUACGCCAAUGUGGACGGGCUCACCGCUCUGCACCAGGCCUGCAUAGAUGAUAAUGUGGACAUGGUGACCUUCUUGGUGGAGCAUGGAGCCUGCAUUAACCAGCCUGAUAAUGAAGGCUGGAUCCCCCUUCACGCCGCUGCCUCCUGUGGAUACCUCGACAUCGCUGAGUAUCUUAUCUCUCAAGGUGCGAGCGUUGGUGUAGUAAACAGCGAAGGAGAAACGCCAUUAGAUAUCGCAGAAGAGGAGGCCAUGGAGGAGCUUCUGCAAAACGAGAUCAACCGGCAAGGCGUGGAUAUCGAAGCAGCCAGGAAGGAGGAGGAGCGUAUCAUGCUAAGGGAUGCACGACAGUGGCUUAACAGUGGCCAGAUCAACGACGUCCGGCACACCAAGUCUGGGGGUACCGCACUCCAUGUUGCUGCGGCCAAGGGAUACGCUGAGGUUUUAAAGCUUUUAAUCCAAGCAGGGUAUGAUGUAAAUAUUAAAGACUACGAUGGCUGGACUCCGCUCCACGCUGCUGCACACUGGGGCAAAGAGGAGGCCUGCCGGAUACUAGUAGAGCAUUUGUGUGAUAUGGACGUCGUCAAUAAAGUGGGUCAGACGGCAUUUGACGUAGCUGAUGAAGAUAUUUUGGGAUAUUUAGAAGAGCUGCAAAAGAAACAGAAUCUGCUUCUUAGCGAAAAGAAGGAUGUUAAGAAGUCUCCUUUAAUAGAAACUACGACUACUGGGGACAAUAAUCAAUCUGUGAAACCACUGAAGAGCAAAGAAACACUUCUACUGGAGCCUGAGAAGACUGCGCCAAGAAUCGAGACUCUGGAGCCAGAGAAGGUGGAUGAAGAGGAGGGAGAGGGAAAGAAGGACGAGUCUAGCUGCUCGAGUGAGGAAGAGGAGGAAGAAGACUCGGAGUCUGAGAACGAAGCAGAUAAGACCAAGUCUUCUGUUCCGUCAAGCGUUUCCAACAGUACACCUACAACUGCACCUUCUAGCAUCACCGUCACAUCACCUACUACCCCAAGCAACCAGGUGACCACCCCAACCUCACCUACCAAAAAGUCUGAUAACUUUACUGGGGGGGAGCCAGGCUGUCCUGCGUUGUGGCGUCAAGGCUUGCGCAAAACUGGCAUUUCACUUGUGCCCAAAAAAGCGAUGGUGAGCACACCUGCAGGGAAGCUGUCUCCUAAAGAGGAGGACAGGAAGGAUGAGUCUCCUGCAUCGUGGCGUUUGGGUCUGCGCAAAACUGGCAGUUACGGAGCUCUGGCAGAAAUCAGCACAACCAAAGAGGCACAGAAGGAGAAAGACACAGCCGGGGUGAUGCGCUCUGCCUCUUCCCCUCGCCUCUCAUCCUCACUGGACAACAAGGACAAGGAAAAGGAGAAGGAGAAAACACGCCUGGCAUAUGUUGCACCAACUAUACCGAGGAGACAUGUUAGCACCUCAGACAUCGAUGAGAAGGAAAACAGGGAUUCGGCUGCUAGUCUGGUACGUAGCGGCUCGUACACAAGGAGACGCUGGGAAGAAGACCUGAAGAACAGCGAUGGAACGGCCUCAACAAACAGAACCUCCAGCUAUCAGCGCAGUACGUCACACACGCUAGCGUUAGGCCGCACGUCUAGCUCUCGCGACCUGCCCGCCAAAUCCUCCUCCGCCUCCAGCCUGGAGCCUAACAACUCUAAAGCCUGGCAGCCUUCCUCCUACUACCAGUCUUACAGCAUUCACCGCAGCGGCUCAUUUGGAAGAAGACAUGAAGAUCCUUUGAGUUCUACUUCCUCGUCCACAACAACGACCACCACCACCUCCUCUGUUACCUCACCUACAGGACACCGCAGCCUGCUGUCCCGGUAUUGGGCAGAGGAGAGCGCAGAGAAGGAGAAAGAGAAGGAGAAAGAGUCGGCAACCGUUAUCCCUACAAUCAACACUGCAGGCACCACCACUACCACAUCCACCACUGGAACUGUCCUGGGCUCUGACGGGCGAGAGAGACGCAGAUCGUACCUCACUCCAGUACGAGAUGAAGAAUCUGAGUCUCAGAGGAAAGCCAGAUCCAGACAGGCACGACAGUCCAGGAGAUCUACACAGGGUGUGACAUUGACAGACCUCCAGGAGGCCGAGAAGACCAUCGGUCGCAGUCGCCCCACACGGCCUCGAGAAGAUGAAAAAGAAGAGAAGGAGAAACAGGACAAGGAGAAACAGGAGGAGAAGAAAGAGACCGAGACCAAGGAGGAUGACUACAGGUCGCGCUAUCGUAGCUUUGAAGAGAAGUAUCGCACCUCGUUGGCCUCCAGCACCACAGCGUCCUCCACCAUCCCUUCAUCCUCAUCCAGUAGCUCGUCUUCUCUGUACAGCACCUCGUCUCUGAACCGACCCAACAGCCUGACGGGGCUCACUUCAACAUACAGCCGAUCUACACGCGACACCGACAGAGAAUCUGAUCGAAAAGAGAAAGAUGAGGAUAGAGACGGUGAUGACAAGUCUCAGCCACGCUCUAUACGCGACCGCAGACGACCUCGAGAGAAAAGACGAUCCACUGGAGUGUCCUUCUGGACCCAGGAUAGCGACGAAAAUGAGCCAGAUCAUCCCUCAGAUUCAGAAGGCAGCACUAAAGGAGAGCCUCAGAGCGACAGACUAUCUAGCAAUGACCCUCUCUCUACUAGCACUUCAUCCACUGACCGUUAUGAGUCUUUGAGUAGCCGUGGCAUUGGGGAGAGCCGACGUCCGUACUCUCGUUUCGAAAAAGACGAUUCCACUGAUUAUAAGAAGCUUUAUGAGCAGAUUUUAGCUGAAAACGAGAAGCUGAAAGCUCAGUUACGCGAUACAGAAUUGGAGCUGUCAGACCUAAAGCUACAGCUGGAGAAGGCCACACAGAGACAGGAGCGCUUUGCCGAUCGAUCACAGCUGGAGAUGGAGAAAAGGGAAAGAAGAGCUCUAGAAAGGAAGAUCUCUGAGAUGGAGGAGGAGCUGAAGAAUCUUCCUCAGGUAAAGCAGGUGCAGUCUCUGCGUCAGUAUAAUGAGCGCUUGCAGGCAGAGAACAGAGCUCUGGCCCGCGUGCUCUCCAAACUGUCUCAGGGCUGCAGUCACCUGCCCGCCGCAGACCUGUAGCUCCGCCCCCACCUCCCCUUACACCCCUCCUCAUGCUCCAUUCAGCUCCGCCCACGCCCAUAUAAGAUGCUACCAGACUUGAAAGCCGACAACCAGAGACUAAAGGAUGAAAACGGAGCGCUGAUCCGAGUAAUAAGCAAGCUUUCCAAAUAGAGCCGACCCUCCGGCAGUAACGGUAUUGCACAUCUAGAUAUUAACACGAGACAAUGGCGACAAAGAAGGCUCCGUCUCCCCCCAUUGCGUUUCCCAGCUUUCCCCUUGCUUCUCACCACACAGAACCACUGCGUUUAUGGAACUAAGGAAAAAAAACGUUAAACGAACGAACGGCAUCCAACACUUCAUGGGCGGGAAAAAGCCUCGAAAAACUAUUUAACCAAUAAGCCUUAGUUGUACAUAUGUCACUCGCAUCGGAAAAAAAAAUUGGCUGUCACAGAACACCAGAUUUUAUUUGUGCCACACUUUUCUUUUUUUCUUUUUGUUUAUUUUUUUUUCCUGUAUAGAUGUGGUUAUGCAAUGUGCAGCUCUCUUUCCCUCGAUUUCCUCUUCCUCUCCUCCAAAAAAAAGUCGCCAAAUGUCCUGCCUUUUCAUCAAGGCUCUGUCUUUCAGCAGAAGACAUGGCGUUUGCUUCGCACACUUCUUUUCAUGUCCCGAAAGAGACAACGGACCUCGCUUUCACUUAUGUGCAAUAUACGCAUUUCUUUCGUACGCGAAUGCUUUAAGAAAGAGUCCGUCACUAGUAAACGUUCACUUGCUCUUCACCUCACCCCCGUUUUUUUUUUCUCCUCUUCCUCUCUCUCUCUCUCGUUUCUCUUUGAGUUUGUAGUGUAGUCGUUGGUUUAUAUCUUGUACUCCUCACGUUGUUUUAGCAGGUACUGAGUGAAGUUGUUGUAUAUACCUGUAUAUGUAUUGUUUGAGACCAGCACAUGGCAUGCGUUUAUGGUUCCCCCUGUCUGUUACUAUUGAAAUAUACCAACUUCAGAGGACAAAAGUGUGUUUUAACUACUUCCUUUCUUCUUUUAUAAGUCGCGAAAAAAGUAAACAAUAGAGGCGCCCUCUUCCUUCAGGAGGAACUUUUUUUUUUUUUUUCGUUUCUUCUACUUCAGUUUUAAAAGUGUUCACCGUAAUUGUGAGAUGAUAAUAUAAACGCUUCACUACAUUUCACACAUUUUUAUUCAGUAUCUUUUUUUUUUUUUUUUGGAAGAGUGCUGUUCAAUUUUUUUGCUUUUUAUUUUCUUUUGUUUUGUUUUUUUUUUAAAGCUGUAGUAUUAGCCGAGGUGUUUGUCACUAAAAAGAAGAUGCUAGUUAUCGCUAACCCAAUGUCUACAUGCACUGUCAGGAGUCUUAGCGAACGUUUGCCAUCGCGUCAGAUGAAGUCCAUGCAUCGGAAAAACUCGUUUUAUGCAUUUCAGUGGCCUUUUACUUAAAAUAUACUGUAGGUGGGAAACAAUGUCGCUGUAGUUGGACUGUCAGCUGUCUCCUCUUUGGUUUAGGUUUUUAAUAUUUUGUUUUUGUUUUGUUUUUUCCCCUCCUAUUUUAAAUUUCCCAUCAUCUUGUAAAAUAGAUGUGUGGCUUCAUCCGUGCAAGCUGUGCUGUGACUACCAACCACUGAGAGUUAAUUAAAAUAAACUUGUACAUUGUAAAAAUC